CCUCUCGGCCAAUCAGAGAGCUUGUUCAUUCUGGAUGCUGUUUUGGGCAAGUUUCUUGCGAGGGACAGCGCACGUGGCUCGCUAGGACAAUAUUUCACGAUUGAAGUGAUCUAAACUUGUGGGGAUAAUGUGGAACCAACGUUAGAGCACAGAAUCGAGCAAAAAUUAGACUCCCAACCUUGUUAUUUUAGAAACGGCACGGUUAUAAACAUUCGUUACCUUCUCCAGUGGGCCGCGCUCGCCUCUCGUCCAAUCAGCGCGCUUGUUCAUUCUUGGAUGCUGUUUUGGGCGACUUUCUUGUGAGGGCCUAUGCGCUUGGCUCCGUAAAAUAAUUUUUCUCGAUCGAAGUAACUCAGACUUGUGAGGAUAAUGUGGAACCUAUAUUAGAGCACAGAAUCGAGCAAAAAUUAGACUCCAAACUUUGUUAUUUUAGAAACGGCAUGGUUACAAACAUUCGUCACCUUCGAAGGGCUUCUCCCGGAGGUUCGCGCUCGCCUCUCUCGGCCAAUGAGCGCUUGUUCUAGACGGUUUUUUUUCAGUCUCUCUCUGCUUACGAUUAGAGUGGGUCAUGUCCGAAGAAGUGUCCGCUCCUGCUGGGGUCGCGGCCCCCGCUGCCCUCAAGAGCCCCAAAAAGGCUUCCACGAAAGUGUCCAAGGGAAAGGCAAAGGCCGUGCCAACGCAUCCCAAGGUGUCCGCAAUGGUGACAGCAUCCAUCAGUGCGCUUAAGGAACGUGGUGGUUCAUCUCUACAAGCCAUCAAGAAAUACAUGUCUGCCAACUACAAGGUGGACGUCGAGAAGCUGUCUCCUUUCAUCCGCAAGUAUCUCAAGUCUGCCGUGGCUGCGGGAGCAUUGGUGCAGACCAAGGGCAAGGGAGCUACCGGAUCGUUCAAGCUGUCAGCCAAGUCCGACAAGCCCUCACCUGCUGCUAGGAAGCCCAAAAAGGAGGCUGGUGCUGCAAAGAAGCGCCCAGCCUCGGCAACUGCCGGUGCGGCCAGGAAGAAGAAGCCCGGGACUGCCAAGAAGUCGCCCGCAAAGAGGGCCAAGUCGGCCAAGCCCAAGUCGGCCAAGCCGAAAAAGCCAAAGGCAGAGAAGAAGGCUGCAGCACCCAAGAGCCCCAAGAAACCCAAGGCAGCAAAAAAGACCCCUGCCAAGAAGCCGGCUGCAAAGAAGGCUUCCUUCAAGAAAUAG